AUGGUUGCUUAUAAUGGAGAUGAUUACAAUGGUGCUAGGAUUGUUAGUAGAGGUUAUGAGCUUCGGGAUGCCGUAGAUGGAAUGCUGUCACAGAUGGACCCUGCACUGAUUGCAUAUUGUGACAAGAUCGCUGCUGAUGGUGGUCCAGAACAUAUACCCGAGGCCCUAGGGGUAACUACUUUCCCAUCAAUACAUGUUGUACAGCUGGGAACUGUCACUAGGGCGAGUGCUCGACUUCGCAAUGUGCAGCCGGAGGUAAAUCUGGAUCAUAGCUAUGAGGCACACAAACGGCCGAAGAAGAAUAUUGAUGCCGCACCUGCAGCUUCAGCAGCAGAAGACAAGUCACAGCAUCAAGGUUCUGUACCUUCCACGUCAUCUCAGGAACCCGAGACGAAUAACACAGAUCUUGAAGUGCCAGAAACCUCUCCUGUUGUUCUCAAUCAGCUUGAAACUUUUGAAGUAGUAGAAGUUUCUGGCCAUGCUGAUGCGAGUGGGUCUGAAGACAUCAAGAUGUUAGAUGGUGAGAUUACAAACCAAAUGGAGUCUGUCAAGCGGCUUUUUGUGGAGUGAACCAAAACUUAUGACAUUCCACAGCUUGAGAGGCUUUAUGCAAGAAUUAUGAA